AUGGACGACGAUGACGUCGACUUUUUCACACGCAGACCCUUGCCGAGCAAGUCGAAAGCCAAAGAUAAACCUAAAGCGCUAGCCAAGUCCACCAAUGGCAUCAAUGACAAGGUUGGUGAAGGUUCAGGGAGGAAUGGCACACAAACCCCUUCAUCCUCUGCCACUGUGUCUGCGCCAUCAGCAUUGGCAUCAUCUUCGGUAGCAGCACAAGUCAUUGGCGACUCGGACGAUGACAACGAGGAUGUUGUCGGGAACGACGAUGAAGACGAUGAGGACACGGACACGCUGAUGUACAGCAGCGACGUGGACGUGUCGAGCGAUGACAGCGACACUGCUACGAAACGCCGAGCGAAAAGGCGCAAGAAGAAGCACACCAAGGUCCUACCAGCUUGGGCAUCACAAGGCGUCUUUCGGCGUCUAUCACAAGAGCCGAGCUUCUCCUUGUCUACGGACGUCUUUCACGAUGCACAAUCUGUGCUUCCGAGCGCUAGCAAAGGCAACGGCGCGACAGCUUCCGCCGACACCACUGACGGAAAUGGAGCACCAAAUAGCAGCGCAGCAGGAGGGCCGAAUGCAAAUGGAAGGCGCGAACGCGGUGUCAGUCUCACGCCACCUCCGCCACCUUCACCUGAAAAGCUGUCCAAAGCUUGCGAUCUGGUAUCCAGAGUCAUGGGCAGCAAGAUCCCAGCCCCUUCCACCACGGCACCUACAGCAAACGGUUCCAGCUCCACCGCCACUGCUCCAGCAUUGCGUCGGAGUACUCGCAGCUCUGCUACUCUAGGUGUCGGUAACGGUACAGCAUCUUCAUCUGUCCUGUCACCUGGGUCUCCACGGCGUGGCGCAGGCGUGGUCGACGAUGAUGAUGAUGAUGUUGACAGCCUCAAUCAGAUCAACUGGGAUCCUGAUCUCGCGCGGUUGAUGCGGGGACAGAACGCAAAACACAUUCGAGAACAAGCAAAACGCGAGCAACAGGAACGGGACGCCAAGAGGAAACAGCGAGAACUGGAGCGCAUACGACAGCAGCCGUCUUCAAAUCCAGGACCUUCGGAGCGACAGGCACAGUUCUCAAGAACACAAUCAGCUCCACAGGCUAGGUCAGGUGCGAUUCGCAUCGUCGAGGAUGGCAACGACACAGACGACAGCGUUGAGUUUGUAGCAAGGCCAACAAAGCCAAAUACCUCACCACGACGCACGCGCUCAUCUACAGCAGCUGGAAACGCAGCAAGUCAAAGUCAGGCCACCAGCAAGAAUGGCAAGGACGCUGCCAUCGUCAUUGACGACUCGGAUGACGACGGCGCGCCCGCAUCAAAGACGAAUGGCAACCAUCCCAGCACCUCGCAAGCUGUUGACGGUGACGACGACGACGACGAUGCCGGCGACAUCGGGACGAGCGGCGCUGCGGACCAAGAAACACUUGACCUCACCCUCCAAUCCAAACUGGGACCGAUGCAAGUCACAGUAACACCGGCAACCAAGCUCUUGACCAUCACCACCCACUUCCAUACAAAACAACUCGUGCCAGCCAAUCUCGGAGACAAGAUCAAGCCAGAUCAGAUCAAGGUCAUGUUUGAUGGAUUCGCAUUCAAGCCAAGACAGACAGUGGCAGACAUGGAUGUUGAAGAUGGAGAUCAGGUGGAAUUGUCUUGGCCUUCUUAG